CACCCACUUGGGCAGAUGUAUCUCUAAAACACAGUGGAGCUUUGGAGGGGGAAACCCAUCAAAAGAGGGCAAGAUGACCCAGGAUAUGACCGAGAAAGAGCUCCUAAAGUUGGAAUUGGACCAACUGAAAAAGGAAGUGAAGAGUGAAAGACAAAUGAUCUCCAAGACAGCAAAAGAACUCAAAGAAUACAUAGAAUCCGUGGCUCCAGAAGACCCUCUGAUAAAAGGUAUCCCAGAAGACAAGAAUCCUUUCAAGGAGAAGGGUGGUUGUAUAAUCAGCUGA